UAACCGUCAAUGAGCAUAUUGUACACGUUUCCCACGCUCCCUGAACGCAGCAGAAGACAACAGAACCAUCUAAUGACUGAUUUCCCACAGUCCGUGAAGGCAACAGCUGCCGUGCAAAGACAAACAAACAUGGCGGAAUCGGUGUGUGACGUAGAGCAUGACGCAGUGAAGCCUCCACCCAAACGCAGGCGCAUCCUGGACCCCUCGGCCAUCGUCUCGGUGCCCGUUUACUCCAACAAGGUGAGCAGCAGUUUGCAGCUGAGGCCGAUGGCCGCUGUCUUCACAGAGAAGGAGAACUCAGCAGACGGCGAUUUGUGGGCUCGCUUUUCUUCUCGAGGAGCUCCAGCAGACGUUGUCACCCUCAGCGACUCUGAUGAGGAGGCCGAAGUCCAGUUGGAGACAACAGAACUAGCAGGCAUCCGCUGCCCGUCUCCCCCAGAGAGUCCGGUCCAGAAACAGUCCCGACGGGUCCAGAAGAAGAUCAGUGAGAUCGACAGAAAGCUCCAGGCGAUGAACUCCUUCCUGUCUCCUGAGCCUGUGGACAGGAAGUGCCUCAGCGAGCCGGAGGACGACGUCAUCUUGACCCCGGUCUCUGAACGCCAGGGCUCCUCGCUCCGGGAGAUCCCCUUGAAGAUCCGCUGCCGGACCGACGUCCACAAGGUCCUGGUUCUGUCGUCGACCCGUCUGAGUGACGUGCUGACCCAGCUGUCAAUCAUCCUCGAUGUGCCGCCUCCUCGCCUCCUGCUGCUCAGGGAGGAGCAGGAGCUCCGGACGGACGCCACCGUGGGCGAGCUCGGACUCGGCAUCGCCGACAUCGUCGAGUGCGUCGUCAUGGCAGCGGUGGAUGGCCGUGAGGCCGACAGCUGCAGCAGCGUCACCGUGAGGCUGCAGAGCAAAGACCGAGCCUCCUCACAGGACUUCUCUCUGCACAGAGACGCUCCGCUGGGCUCCGUCUUCUCUCGGUAUCUGUGCACCAUGUCCGACGUUGCCCGGACGACGGCCCGCUUCCACUAUGACGGCAGCAAGGUGACGGACGGACAGACGCCGGCUCAGCUGGACAUGGAGGACGGUGACAUCAUCGAAGUUUGGGUUUAGACUCUAUUGUUACUCUGUAAAGUGGAAAUACUCUAAUUAUGGGCUUCUAUGUUUAGAACAUGAAAAAUGCAAAAGCAUGAAAAACCUGUACAAUUGUAAACUUAUUUGAAUGUAAUGUCUGUACAAUAACCUCUUUGUACUUUUAUAACGGGUUCUGGAAACAAUAAUAAAAUGAGUAGAAGUUGCUCUUUAAGAAAAAUCUCAGGUAAUUUUACAUCUUAGUGCUUCAAUUUAAACAAUAUUAUUUAUUUGUUCAUCAUAAUCAAGAAUAAAGUAUUAUACAAAGUAUUAUACAAUUCUAAAUUAUUCCUCGAAACUUAACUUUAAUAUAAUAAAU